GUCUAUUUAUCCUUUAACAUUUCCAAGGCCAAGCGUUUGGACACUGCCAAAAAAUAAGCGUAAAAACAAAUUAGUAUAAGGCUAAUAGCGCAAACGCAAUGUUUACUCUUCAACUGAGUGUUUUCCCUUACAGUCAAGACGCCUGCCUUCCUGAGGGAGAAGAUGUCUCAGACAGAAGCGGCUCCGUCGUCCUCCCUCAUCCCCCUGCGCUCCGACGAACACCGGCAGACCAUCCUGAGCAAAUUCGACCGGCUGCGUAAAAAGGACCUCCUCUGCGACAUCACCCUCGUUGUGGAGGACGUCCACUUCAAGGCGCACAGGGCUCUGCUGGCGGCGAGCAGCGAGUACUUCUCCCUCAUGUUCGCCGCAGAGCCGCAGGCCCCCGGCUCCACCUACAGGCUGGACGGCAUGGCGGCCAAGAUGUUCGCCGCCGUGCUGGACUUCAUCUACAGCGCCCAGGUGUCCGUGGAGGAGAGCUCCGCGGAGCUGCUCCUGGCCGCCGCCCACAGGGUCAAGGUGGGCGAGCUCGUCGACGCCCUCGCUCGGCUCGUGGACGUCAAGCCGGGAGGCGGGAAGGACGGGGCUGGGUCGGAGAGAGCCGAGGUGGUGGACCUGUCCAAACGCAAAAGAGGACGGCCACGGAAAGACGUGGGCGGACCCCGCGAGAGCUCGGACACAACCCGGGCCGCUGAGGCCGCCGAGGAGGAAGCGGAGCAGAGAUGCCACAGCAAACGCAAGAUACGGACGCCGGUGAAGUACAAGGGCUACAGGAUAGGCGGCGACGGCGCAGGAGGCAAAGAGCCCGGGAAGAGGGGCUGUAAGAGGAAGUACCCCAACGCCGAGGCGCGGUGCGAGGACUGCGGCAAAGUGUUCAAGCACCAUCUCUUUUUAAAGAUUCACCAAAGAACUCACACCGGAGAGAAGCCUUUCCACUGCUCGGUUUGUGGGAGGAGCUUCAGCCAGAAGCACACCCUGCUGGCCCACCAGCGCAUUCACACGGGGGAGAAGCCGUUCGUGUGCAGCGUUUGCUCAAAAGCACUCUCCACCAAGCACUCCCUGCAGGAGCACAUGAACCUUCACCAAGAGAAAUCCUUUGACUGCGAUAAAUGUGGAAAGAGCUUUACUCAGAAGAAGCAACUCAAAAGCCACUACAGGGUUCACACAGGUAAAUCGUUACCAGAAUGCGCUCUGUGUCAUCACAAGUUCAUGGAUGCAGCUCAACUGAAGAAGCACCUCAGGACUCACACAGGAGAGAAGCCUUUCACCUGCGAGAUUUGCGGCAAAUGUUUCACGGCCAAGAGCACGCUGCAGACCCACAUCAGAAUCCACAGCGGCGAGAAGCCGUAUAAAUGUCCCCUCUGCGAGAAGUCUUUCUCAGACCCCAGCGCCAAGCGACGCCACACCGCCUCUCACUCCGGCCAGAAGCUGUUCACCUGCUCCCUCUGCGGCCUGUCGUUCACCCGUCUGGACAACCUGAAGACUCACACCAAAUCCCACAACAAGGAGAGACCCGCCGCGACAGACGCCCCGCCGGUGGCGGCGCAGGGCGAGCCGCGGGACGUCCUGCAGCUGCAGCCGUACCAGCCAGCCCUCGGCUCUCAGCAGGAGAUCCAGCUGGUGGUGCCGGAGGGCGUGAACAACAUCAACUUUGUUCCGAGUCCGGAUCAGGAGAUCAGCCUCGUCGCCGCGGGCGGCCAAGCGGCCCAGUCGGCCCACCCCAGGCUCACCCUCCUCACCCAGCCGCUGGGACAGAUACACAACCUGGCGCUGGUCGCCCAGGGUGACGGCGCGGCCCCGACGCCGCAGCUCCAUCCCGGCGGCGUGCUGGAGAGCCACCAGCCGGAGCAGAUGCACGUCAUCACCCUGAGUAAAGAAGCCAUGGAGCAGCUGCAGGCGCACCACGGCCCGCCGCAUCCUCUCCAGAUAGCCCGCCCCGUCCAGGUGAUGCAGCAGCCGCCGGGCGCCGCCCAGGAGGGCUCGCAGCAGCACAGCCAGGCCAUCCACAUCAGCAGCCAGGUUAGCCAGCCCAUCUCCAUCAGCCAGACCAGCGAGCAGCUCUCCAGCCACCACAUCCAGGGACAGACUUUCCAAAUCCAGGCUGGAACGGUGUCGUACCUGUACACCACGGGCCUUCCUCAGGACAGCUGAGCGGGCCGCUCGCCCCACGCAAACAUCUGAACUGCUGCUGGGGUUUUAACGCUAAAUUUUAAGAAUAAAACAACACAUUCAACUUUUAACUCAAUCAUACUAAUAAUGUGGAUGAUGAUGAUUAUUAUUAUUAUUGUUAUUAUUAUUAAGCAUUAUGUCAUCUGACCAGUUCCGCCUCAACACUCACAUUUGUGAUAGAAAUAAAACGGUUAUGACCCAGAAUGUUGCGUAUUUUAGGUUGGGAUCACGCAUCCUUCUAGCAGCUAACGGCGUGCAUUAUGUCCUAAUUCAGUUUGAUGUGUUGUAAAGGGGCUGUCCUUGGUUUGCCUGUAACACGCAGGCAUUUCCACAGUCGCUAACACGAAGCUUGCCUCUCAGCGCAAAUGACGCAUGUCCUCAAGCGAGAAGCCCCGUUGCGUGGAAAUAAGACGGUGACUUGUUGUGAGAAAGGUAUCAGAUGCAAGGAUGUGAUUUGCAAAUCGCAGGGAAGGAGAACGGGGAGCGUCUGUGUAGAAAAAUAGCAAAGCUGUAAGUUAGAUGCACAAAUGCACAUUUAUAUUAAAAUGCUGCUUAUUUAAAGUUAAAAAAAACUCUAUAGCGUAUGUAGAAAGAAAUAUGUAGUCUGAAAAAGAACAAUAAUAUAAAAGUGGUGGUGCAAAGCUAGGGGAGUGCAGGUUACAGCAACAACACUUGAGUGGAAUCUAAAUACAGUGCCUUACAGAAGCAUUCAUUCCUCUUCUAGUGUUUUUUUUUUUUUUUUACAGUUUGUCACGCUGCUACCACAAUCCUCACUGUAUUUGUUGGAGUUUUUGGGGUCGAUCACCCAAAAUUAAU